UCAUUGGGGCUUGUGAUAAUAGAUAAUCUCUUAGACAAUUAUUGGUCGGGUAUCGGUUGGUACCAGCAUUAAUAUAUUCACAAAAAACACGAAAAAUAUAUUGUAUGUCAAGAAGUCACCAAAUAAGAAUAAUUUAUUAAUAAACAAUUGGUUGUUGUUACGUAACAAAUCCCACACAUGUUUGUGCAAAAGAAUGGAUAUCCUAGAAAAUCAACAUAAUUAAAUAGUGGGGAUCAAGCUUUGUAAUAAUCUGCUAACACAGAUCAGGAUUUUUAGUUUAGGUUUAUAUUUUGUGUGAUAUGGUCAACUGCCUAAAUACCAAGAUGCGAAAUUUGAUGUAUCCGUUUACCGUAGUGCUGAUUCUGAAUUGUUUUACGAUCGCUCUAGGUGAGCCUACUUAUUACAGACAAUACAAAGUACUUACCGCCGAUUAUCCACAACAAACAUACUAUGGAAAUCCUUACUCCGAUUACAGAUAUAGAUAUUCAAACAACAAUAAUGUUUAUAUUACCGACCGAAACGGAAGAACUUAUCUUCAAUCUGGAGACAGUUAUAGAGUCAGUUCAUAUUCCUCGACAACCUGCACUGCUAGUACCUGUGGACAAAAUGCCCAAUGCCAAGUCGUAGGAGGACGUCCUGUAUGUUCGUGUUUACGAGGACAUUCUGGGGACCCUCUUUCAUAUUGUAAAAGAGAAGAAUGUUUGGACGAUAGUGAAUGCAGGGGACAAUUAUCUUGUCGAAGCGGCAAAUGCAUAGAUAUUUGUGUUGGUACUUGUGGAACCAAUGCCAAUUGUGAAGCAAGAAGAGGAGUACCAAUUUGUACUUGUCCUCCUGGAUAUACCGGAGAUCCAAUUUCUCAUUGCCGAAGAUUCGAUCCGGAGGAACUAUGUCAUCCUAGUCCGUGCGGUCCCAAUACCCAAUGUGAAGUCAAAAAUGAAGUUCCAACUUGUUCGUGUUUACCUGGUUAUCACGGAUCUCCUUUGGCAGGAUGUCGCCAUGAAUGUGAAAGUGAUGCGGAAUGCGGUCCAACACUUGCUUGCAUCGAAUUCAAAUGUCAGAAUCCUUGUUUGAGUCAAUGUGGCAAAAACGCCGAAUGUGAAACUAUUAGUAAUCAUAGAGCGGUUUGCAAGUGUCCUAAGAAUUACUUUGGCAAUCCUUACUCUUCUUGUCAACCAGAAUGCUAUGGAGACGUAGAUUGUCCUAGUUCGAAGCCUGCGUGUUUCUAUGGAAUUUGCAAAAGUCCCUGCGAAGGGGCUUGCGGAGUUGGCGCAAAUUGUGAACUCAGAGGUCUAACUCCUGUAUGUUCGUGUCCUAAAGAUAUGACUGGCGAUCCCUUCAUCCGUUGCAGACCUUUUGAACCGAGAGAUUUGUGUGAACCGAAUCCAUGUGGCUCCAAUGCGCAUUGCGAACCAGGUUUUGAUAGAGCUAAUAACGAACGCCCUGUGUGUACAUGUCCUCGAGGAUACAUUGGGGAUCCGCUGAAAGCUUGUUUCCCCGGAGAAUGUACCGAUGAUGUUCAAUGCCCGGAUAGCCAAGCAUGUAUAGAUUAUAAAUGUAAAAAUCCUUGCAUCAACCAAUGUGGAAUAAACGCCAACUGUAAUGCCCGACGUCACCUUGCAGUUUGUACCUGUCCCACGGGAUACAAUGGUGAUGCCCUUAUUCACUGUUAUCCUAGGUCUACAGAAGCAGCAGGAAGGUCUUAUUAUUGAAAAUUGUUUGAAGAUGUGAUUGGGAAUUUAACAAAUAUUAAUUCAUCCAAUAUAA